AACAUUUAUUGCAUUAAAGAUUAUACAAAAUAUCCACUAGAUUAGAUCUUCUACUUAAUUACUAUCAUCUAAAUAAAGAAUUAUGUGUCCUUCUCGACCAUUUUAUAAGUAGCUCAUUUAGUUUAUAGAAAAAAGACAAAAGCAGAAGAAAGAUACGGUUACACUAUUAUACAAUUGUGUUGUGUCGUCUACACUCACAUAUUACAAGUCAGUCAACCCGUAUAGUCAUACACACUAGUAGAGUCAUUCAAAGCCACUUGUUUAUUUUUUCAGUAAAUAAUAUUUUAACGUCUCUAAGAAAUUGUAUUAUAAGAGACUCAUUCCAAAUACUGAUCUAGAUAUAUUUAUUUCGAAACCUAAGGCAUUUUGUGGUUAUACUUUCGAUUGUUGUUUGAUGGCUAGCUAAUUUUCUCAUUAAUCAAUAUUGCAGAACGUUUUAUGAAAAAGUCCAUGUGCUUCUCUCCAUGUAGUUAGUUCAUAUAUAUACCAGUGGGAAACUCUUAAAGUGCUUGUUCACAGCAUUCUUGUCCUCCAGUAUGAGUGUCUCCGGUGCUGCAGUUGCUUCAGAAAUAAAUUUUAGAAGAGCAGUUGAGUUUGGGAAAACUCAUGUGGUAAAGCCCAAAGGGAAAGCACCUAGCAACUAUUGUCUGGCUACAUGGGCUUGGGGACGUUGGCUCAAGUUCAGAAAACUCUCAGGGUCUCUAAUUUUCUCGAAGAUUUUCAGAAACUUCACAAUGGAUGAUAGCACCAGUAAAUUCCAAUGGGGACAGAUCAUGGUGUUCUGGGACGUGGAGGAUUGGUCAAUCCUUGAGAAACUAAAUCCUCGAUUGGUUAAUGAGAAGAUCACAUCCGAUCUAUAUGAAAACGGAUAUCUAGGUCCUGAGAUGUUUAAUAAGUUGACAUAUGUCUUUGGGCAUGCUGCAAUGCGUUUUGUUCACGUACCCAAAGGAAACAAACAUGCGAGAGUUCACUUUAUUACAGAGCAACUUCUUCUCUGGGCACUGUACGGUCCUAGUCGUCCAGCGAGUUUGUUUAUAAUCUCAGAAAGCAUCAAAGAAGAGAAGCAGCUCGUCCAUCCGAUCCUAUGGAUAGGAACCGUUUCAAUCUUGUCUUUUUAGAGCCUGGGAGCGUACUUGUUAAUUGUCAAGGUUCUCCUUUAGAGGGGCUGAAUGAGAAUGAUGUUUUUGAGUCAUUGAUUUUGAAUCAUUUCCUGUACCAUACGAAGUGAAACCAGUUGUGUCCGAUGCUUGGGCCGAUAUAAACU